UCAGUAUCAUUGGUUGAUGUGAUCCCUGGAGUUCCUAACCUCGAGAAUCUUGCUAUGCGCCACAAUGGCGAUAUCUUGGUAUCGUCCGUCUCAAGCCCCAGGCUACACCUCGUUAUGCCGGACCAUCGCCAUGCUCCUAUUAUUGUUACCAAAAUCCCUUACUGCGUGGGUCUACUUGGCAUCGUGGAAGGGAAAUCUGACAUUUUUUAUGUCAUCGCUUCCAACUUGACUGGCGAGACAAACUCGAACGCUAUUUGGCGGAUCGAUCUUCGCGACUACCGCGUGUCAAAAUCUGGCGUAAAAGGGUCCGCCCGCAAGUCACUUAUCACCGAACUCCCCGCGGCACAGCAAGCUAAUGGCUUUUCACGAAUCUCCCGCUAUGACGAGACCCGUUUCCUUAUCGCUGAUUCGGCCAAUGGCAGUAUCUCCAGAUUUGACGCUUCUACUGGUACCACGGAAUUGGUUUUAACGGAUAACAUUAUGCUGCCACUGCCUUCGGGCAUCGGAGUCGGCGUUAAUGGUGUCCACACGUUCGAUAACCACGUCUUCUUCACCAGCCUUGACCAAGGAGUUUUUGCAAAAUUUUCUAUUACCUCAAAAGACUCUACUUCUGGCCCAGUCCAGGUUAUUGCCCGCAACAUUUCUUUUCAGGAUGACUUUGCUCUCUCACCAUCUGGCCGAUACGCCUAUGUAGCGACGAACGGUCCCGAUCAGAUUAUAGAAAUCGAUAUUCGACAAAAGUCUAAGCGUGUCUUAGCUUCCUCGUAUUUCUUGGGUGCCGCCUCUUCUAUUCUGUUUGACCAGAGAGAAUCUUCCAAUCCCCGGUUGUUCGUGACUGGAGCGCUUGCUGUUGGAAACGCAACUGUUGGUCACGUUGCGAGACUUGACCUA